AUGACGUCUGAGACAGGACCAGCUGUCAAUCCACGUCGUGUAGCAGCACAACAUUCAGUGUCACUCCUCCACGGCAAUUUAAAACAGCCAGCAAGGAAUGAGUCGAGCGAAUGGUCGAGCGGAGGCAAUCCUCUCAAUCUUGCCUCGGUCGGCACCUCCAAUAGCAGUUUACCAUCAAGCCUACAGCCUUUUGGGCAGGUAAGUUCGGGCGAGAGCAGCAAUGUGCAGGAGUGGUUCGAGAAGUCCAACAACGCCGUCUGCGACCAGGCCGCCCCUUUCAAGGAUGAGUCGCCUUUCUUCAUGCGCCAAUCAGAGUCGUCGCAUGAGCCCGCGUCCCCGGCUCUGCGAUAUGUCGACGACAACGAUGGGGCCCCGUCACCACCGUUUCCAGCUGCGCUGAUGCAUCUCGGCACAGAGGGGAGCAGCACCGACGAUUUCCGCGGUGUCAUUGACGACCUCACCAUCGAGAACAAGAGACUCAAGAAGCGGCUGAGGCGGUAUGAGAAGCUGCAUGAUUCGCAUCUGAAAGAUGAGAAGCUAUUCGAGGUCAGGAUACACGGGCUGCCACCACACAAGAAGCGCGAGCUGGAAGAGACGCUACGGAAGUUCGCUACUGGUCUUGGACAACAAGGACAGUUUCCCGCGAACGGCUACGAAGGUUUGUUGCCCAUGCCUGCGGCGCAGAAGACCACCUCGUCGCAAGCGUCCCUGCUUAAUGAUUCUGCGUAUGCGUCCAUGUCAGCAUCUGGUCAGGGCGGCUCCUCAGGUCCGUCGAGUGACACUAUGUACAAGAGGAUCAAGACGUCUGCUGCUUCACGUCAUCAGAACAUUCAUAGCUACUUGCAUCACAUUCCGGGAGGUCUACUUCCUCCUCCAAAUCCUGCUACCAUGACCGAGCGCGCCAAGAAGAAGCUCGUGGUCCGGCGCCUGGAACAGAUCUUCGCAGGAAAGGGCGCCCCCGUCACAGGACACCAGCAGCCUAUGCAACAGCAAGAGGUGUCUCAUAUGGCUGCUCGUGCGGACCGCUCCGCAUUGGAAGCGUCUGGUGGUCGCGCACGCCAGGAAGGCGUCCGAGAGGCACACAUCAUGUCUCAGGAUCACGAGGACGCUAAGCAAGAGUCUCCCACCGAGCUCUUGGCUGCGAUGAAGUCUCAGGCCGCCACCAUCAGAGAGCAGGACUCUGCAGGAGAAUCACCAGCCCACACUGCAACUGAGCAAAGACCGACGCGGCCCCUGGACCUCGAUCCGCAACGCGCGCAGAUACCGGCGGAUAACGUCGCCUACUUCCGUAAUCUCGGUUUCUCGCCACCCGAGCCUGAUUCACGAAGGACACCAGAGGAAGGCCAUGGUUGGCUCUACCUCAACCUGCUUAUCAAUCUCGCGCAGCUGCAUACUAUCAACGUGACCAUGGAGUACGUGCAAAACGCCAUCAGUGAGUACAGCGACCGCUUUGAGAUCCCACAAGACGGGCGCAAGGUCCGCUGGAAGGGACACCAGCGAAAGAAUAAGAGGCAUGGUAACGAUGGCUCCGGUGAAUCCGCAGAGCAGACAAACAAUGCUUCGGAAGACCAAAGUCCAAGAAAGCGCGCUAAGCUCUCUCAUCGCACAGGAGGCCAUGGCACCACCUGGGCUCCACGUCAUUUGUCGGGUGCCGCUACAUCUCGAUCGGCCAACGAGAGCAACCGACACACAUACACACCUCUCUUUUCACAUCGCGAGGGUAGUGACGGUAGCUGCGACUCCUCGACCGACCAAGACGACAACUCCUCGCCCUUCCCAACCGCGAACGCCGGCGACUCAUCCAUGAUGACCAGGUCUGGAAUCCGCACGACCACGACAAGAGCAAAGACGAUCAAGGACGAUGGACCCAUCACAUUCUACAAUGACACUCGCUUCUGCACCGACUUGAGUUCGGAGAGAAACCCAGGCGACAUUCGCAACGCGCCAGCAUAUGUGGCGUUUUCAGCACAUCCAUUAGGAGGGCUGCAGAACAGUCCGACGAUCUUCGCCGAGAGGCGUGGCCCACUGCACACCACAUCUAAGCUUCCAGAGCCUGUGGAUCUUGACGACGAUCCCAUCCCGGAGAACAUGGAGAUCAACUUUGCAGAGUCCUCGCCAUCAGCCAGUACAGGUCUUGGAAAGCAGCGUACUCCAAUCAAGGAUCUUCAUCUUGAGGUCACUGGCAUGGGCGGUGUCUGGCCCGCAGACCAUUUCCAGGUUGAUGUGCAGGCCCACCAUGUCCGCCCGACACAGCCUAUGACAAGGUAUACUCCAGCAUUGCCUCCAAAGUUGGCCGGUCUGCUGCGUGGUGAUCGACCAAAGCGCGUAGCUGUUCAGCACCAGGUGAUAUCGUCGAGCACAAAGGUCCUGCCUCCUACUGAGUUGCCACCAGCUCUAGGUUAUAUGCCUUUCGCGAACGAUUAUCACGAUGACGACGAUUCAGACACCGAUGACAAUGAGACAUCAGUGUCGCCAGACUCACCACAUGCCGAGCCGCGAUCGCCGGCGCCACAGCCUCUCGACAUGUAUCUAGGCGAGAGCGACGAGGAGGCUGACGAAGACGAUGACAGCGACAUGGAGUCCGACACAUCUGUGGAUUUUCUUGCCCAAGCUCGCCAAAUGGAUCCAGAUAGUAUCCGGGCCAAGGAAAGAGAGUACGACCUACAGGUGGCGGAACAUUUGGCGGAGGAGAUUCCUGCUGGCAGUAGCGCGGCGACUGCUGGCGGUGGAAGUGGUUUUGCAUCACCUGCUGAUGGUGUCGAGCGUGCUGAGUAUAGACGCGGAAAGCAGGAGGUCAGGGCAGUCGCAACGGCAGCCGCUUUGCAAAGAGCAACAGAGGGUAACGAGGCAAUAUUUGGCAUGCGACAGUAG